AUGACUUCCCAAUCAAUAUUAACAGCCCUUACAGAUCACGCAAUUAAUGAUAAAUCAAAUAAUCGAAAUAUUAAUACAGAUUCAGAUCGAAAAAAUACAUUAUCAUUUGGUACCGGACAUGAAAACAAUGCAAGCUCCGGAUUAGUUGAAGUUUGUUUUGUUAAUCAUCAGAACAAUAACGACAGCAAAAAAAAAUCUAGAUUUAAAGAUAACAAGAAGAAUAAAGCUGCACAAAAUAAAGCUAUUUUAACCUCAGAGGAGAACGUUUUAUCUGCCACAACAGAAAAAAUAACAAUGCCACAUACAUCACUAGUGUGGCAAUAUGCUAUCCGUUGUCCUAAUUCAAAUUAUUCUACAUGUUGUUUGUGUCCAGAUAAUAAACAAAUAUCAACACAUAAUGGAUCAACAUCCACUUUACGUAAACAUUUAAUCGCAAAACAUCAUAUAUAUGAGUUAGCAUUACCAAAUAGCAAACGUACAAGUACAGCAUCAUCAAUCAGUGUUAACAGAAAAAAAGAAUUACAUAAUCUAGCUAUCGUGUGUAUUAUACGCGACGGAAGGACAUUCAGUGAUCUUCAAAAACCCGGCAUGAAAAAAUUUUUACAAGAAUUAAUUCCUGGAUAUGAUCCUCCAAACCGAUAUGUAGUGGCUCGUCGCCUCAAACAACUUCAUAUGUUUUAUCAUCAAAAAUUAAUUGAUGAUUUAACACUUAUUGAUCAUAUUUCAAUUACGAUCGAUUUUUGGAGUAAUCGACAAAUGCGAUGUUUUUUUGUUAUUACCGGUCAUUAUUUCGAAACAAACAGUUUUCAUUUAAAAUCUACUGUUUUAAAUUUCUCCACGUUCGAUAAUCAACACAUAUCUAACGAAAUUACUCGAAUAUUACAAGCAAAGUUAAAGGAACUCAAUAUUCUACACAAGGUUGUUCGUGUGACAGCGGAUGGUGCCAACAACGUGGUACGUGCCAUUGGUGAUAUGAAUUUAAAUUUGAAACGCAUUUGGUGUGUUGCACAUCGGCUUCAUCUUACAAUUAUAAAUGCCUUUGGCUUUUGGAUCGCGAAGAAAGAAGAUACUGAACAAAACAUAUUGAUGGAAGAGCAAGAUUUGAAUUAUGAACCGAAUGAUCAAGUAGAAGAAAUGACAAUUGGUGAACGAUUUGCAAAUGAGGAUGAAAUUGAUGAAAUGAAUAUGGACAUUACCAAUGAUUUGGAAUUGAAUAAUCAUGAAUCAAUGGGAGCAAGCGAAUUAAAUGAUGAAGCAGAGCUAUUAUCCGAUAUAAUCGAGGAAGAAAUUAUGGAUAACUGGACAGCAGAUGUUGUUGAAUCUAAGUCUGAUAAUGUUUAUGAUCAAGAUAUGAUAAUAUCCUUGGUUAAGAAAUGUCGUGGAUUAGUCAAAAUAAUCAAACGAUCAACGAUUAUCACAUUAUUCUUUGAUAACGAACGGAAAAAAUUAAAAAUCAAAAGAAAUUUAUGUUAUGAUGUGAAGUCACGUUGGAACAGUACUUAUUGCAUGAUUGAUUCAUUUUUAGUUCUUCGUGAACUAAUUGAAAAAUUGUUCAAUUUCAAGCAUCAUUUGCAUAUAAAACUGGAGGAACUUCGGAAAUUAACUGAUUUUGAAUUGACUAGUGAUAAUUGGAAUUUAUUAUCAACACUUCAUUCAAUACUUAAACCAUUUUUUCAUGCAACUAAAGCACUAUCCGGUCGUCAAUAUCCAUCAAUUGGAAUUGGUUUUUAUUUACUUGUGCGUCUGAAAAUGUUCUUACAGCAACAUGAAAGAAAAGAAAAUUUAAUGGUAAAGCGGCUAAAACAUUUAUUAUUAGAAAAAUUUAUGUAUUAUUUUGAAAGUGAUGAUGAUCAAUUACAACUAUUAAAAGUAAGUGAUACGAUAAGUAGUAAUGUUGCUCAUUUUUGAUCGGUAUCAAUCACAUUACCAAUUAGUACAACAACCACCAACUCAUCAAAUAAAUCAGUUUUAAAUGAGAAUUCGAAUAAAAGUGCUAUGGAUAUAUUUAAUGAAUCCAUCGGCGAGAAUAUUUUUGUAGAAAAUCGACAUGAUUAUAAACCGGAUACUGCAUCAUCAACAUUAUUUUGGCAAACCUAUGGUCAAAAUUUUCCCGCUUUGGCAAAAUUAGCAAAACAAAUGUUAAGUACACCAGCCACAUCUGUACCAAUCAUACGUUUUGAAGAAGAUUUUCACUUCUAA